UCUCGUAUCCAGCAAUGGUAUAUACUCUCCAAGACUUUGGCCGAAAAUGCGGCAUGGACGUUUGCCAAGGACAACAACUUGGACUUGGUCGUAAUGAAUCCAGGACUCGUUAUUGGACCAGUCCUACAACUAACUAUUAAUUUCUCAGUAGAUGUGGUUAUAGAUUUUAUAAAAGGUAAGAACACUUUUAAUAGGAAGCAUCAUAGACUUGUGGACGUGAGGGAUGUUGCUCUAGCUCAUAUCAAGGCGCUCGAGACUCCUUCAGCCAAAGGCAGAUACAUCAUUGAUGCUCCGAUUGUCACAACGGAGGAGAUUGAGAAAAUCUUACGUGAAUUCUUUCCUGAUUUGUGUAUUGCUCAUGAGAAUGAAGAGAUUGAUUUGAAUUCGAUGACUUACAAAGUAAAUGUAGAAAAGGUGAAAAGUUUGGGGAUUGAGUUUACUCCUACAGAAACAAGCCUUAGAGACACUGUUCUUAGUCUCAAGGAGAAACAUCUUGUGUGACCAUCCCCUUUUGUUAACAAAAGGCAGUAUGAAUAUAUGCUUUUGUGUUUGUUUUUAUUUAUAAUCAUAGCAUAUAUACUCUAAAUGAUUAAAUACUCCCUUUGUUUUAUACUGUAAACAGUUUUACCUAAAAAAAGCAUGUUAAUUAAGAAAGUUG